CCUUCCUCUCGGGGGCAAAUGGAGCACAGGUCUAGACAAUGUGUGGACAGUGUCGGAGUAGCAGUGGCCACAUGCAGGAAGAGGCCCACCCGGAACUCUGCCCACACUGGCCACUGCAGUUCAACCCACAGAGCCACAGCAGGCAGGCCUACGAAUGUGACGUGCACGCUGGUGGUCCCGGAGCCAGGGGUGAUUCAGGACACCAUCUUGGACUCUUUCCUGGCCUGCUCAGCACCUGCCCAGAUGGCCUCUGCGUCUUUCCUGCGCCCAGCCCCACCUUUUUCACCUCUCUUCAUGUUCUCAUGGAGUGCAAAGCACACCAGCCAGGCCCCCUACCUGGAAGGGGGUCAGCUGAUGCAGGGCUAAGGGGGCUGCCACAGGGAAGUACGCCGUGUGUUCUUACUGCUCAGAAGGGACAGGGUCUCCCACCAAUCCCCUGGUCUCCAUCUGGGCUCCUUGGUCUUUCCUGCCCCUCCCCUAACUGUGUUCCACCUGCCAGUGGAGCUCAGCACUGCUUAGCCUGGGCCAGAGGGACACUGGACAAGGGCCUUUGGGGGACAAUGAGUCUGGGCCCAGCUUCCAGUUCUCAUGUAUGCAAGAUUAACUCACAAAUUCACCUCAGAAGGCCUUUCCAAAUGAGAGCUCUACUCUUCCCCUCCUCUGCCAAUCUUUUCACAGCCAAGGCCCCUUCCACCCUCUCCAGAGGAGGAUGAGAUCCCUUUUCCCCUCCCCUCCGAGGUGCUGACUCACUGCUAGGAUCCACCCACCAGAGGAAAGAUCUAGAACGUCUUUACAGAUUGGAGACAGCCAGGCCUGCUGACCCAUCCGAACAGCUGAAGCAAGAGACUUCCACCAGGGAUGCCAGGGCCUGGGUUGGUCCAGCAGCUCUGGGAUGAGCCUCCCAAGCAUCUUUCCCACUUGGGUGGCGAUGCGGCUCUGAGAUUGGACAGGUGGUGGAUGAGAGAUGGUCCCAAGAAAGGGUGGUCUUGGGAGGGCUGGUCUCAAGCCUGCUGUGCUCCUGUGGCAGUGAUGGGGCCUGGGGAUGGGGACGGCAGCUCUCAUGAGGAGACCUAGGCUGUGAGCCCGCAGCCUCCCACAUUUUCCCUAAAGUGCAGGACUGUCCGAGAGUAGGUAGUGAAGAGGACAAGGCCCUCAGCGGUGACCUCCACGGCCUUCUACCUGCUGAGGAAGAGUUAACGCACUGCCUCCCCCACACAACAGGCUACCAAGAACCUGGUGCCUCAGGACCUCCUGGGAGCCAAGCUGGUCUGGCAAGGGUGCUCAGGCCUGGGAAAGAAGGGAGUAAUGGCUAGUCACCUUCUAACUGACCUUUGGAUGAGGUGACCACCACCAGGCCUGAAUGAUCCCCAGGAGCCCAGCUUCCAAACCCCAACUCCGAAUCAAACAUCUCCAUCCCCAAGUGCAGUAAUGUACAAAAACCAACCACUCUGCCCUGGGGCAGGCCUGGUGUGAUUCUCAGUAGGACUCAUACCCACCCUACCUAGAAGUACUGGGCUGGCCUGGGUAUUGCAUCCCGUGUGUUUUGAUAAGGGGGUGAUGUGGCCACACCCUUAUCUAGAUUUCACUUUGUAUCCACUGGGCAGAUAUUUUAGAGAACUUCAUCUUUUACUCUUAAAAAAGCCACAUAUCCACAUCUCUUUCAUUUUCUCAGUGUGUUAAUGUAGCAAUUACAAUAUUUAUUAUCUAAUACUGCCAGGUGGAA